GACUAUUUAUACUAAAUACACCUUCUAAUUUGUUAUAUAAUUGACCAAUUAAAAUAGUAGGCCUACCAAUUCACUGCAACUAUUCGGUGCAAGAACCAUUUCCUUUUCUCUCUCAUUAUCAUCCAAAAUAUGUAUGUAUAAAAAUAUAUAAAUAAAUUAAUUAACUUUUGAAAGUUGAAAAAAAAAAAUGUUAGCUAAAAAAAAAGAACAUGUUUCUUUAAUUUUAGGUCAUGAUAUUGAUACACCAAAAUUUAGGCUCCAAUCAUGCUACCCAUGUUCACUCCAUGAUUGCAUACAGCCAUACACGUCUUUAUCACAUUCUUCUGACCUUCACAUUCUUCCUAGCUGCUAAGUAAGUCCAAUGUUUGUCUCUUACUCAAAUCUCACCUAUCCCAAUCCCAAUCCCAAUCUUCUUCACAAUAUUGUUAUCUUCUGAACUUUGUUCAAACCUAAUAAUAAUAAUAAUAUCAAUGUCAAUCUCUGAAAUCUCAACUUCACCUUCACCUUCACUUUCAUGCCCUGAGGCCUCUCCUCUGAGGGUCCAAUUGGUGUCCAAGUCUGUAUCAGAGAGACUACUUGUUAAAUUCUCUGAUGUCUCUGAAUUUGACUUUGAUUAUUCUCAGAGUGGAUUGUGGUCUCCUCCGAUUCAACGUCGCGCUUUCAUGAGCUCACCGGGCAAAAUAUUCACCCAAGAUGAGAUGCUCGCAAAGCUUAGAAAAGUUCUUGAAGCACGCAGUCGAAGAAGAUACAAAGUUUGUUUCAAUGUAUUUUGGUGCUCUCCAAAGAAAUGCUGAAUUUAAGCUUGUAACCUUAUUUUCAUUAUGGUAUUUAGGUAUAUAUAUAUAUAUAUAUUUUUGGCUAUUGUAAAAAUUCAUUUCUGGACAGAAUAUACAUGGGAAAUGCAUAUAUUUAUAGGCUGCGUUUGCUGCUUCUUCACUUUUUUAUCUUUCUUAUUGUGUCCAUGUCUUAAAUUGAAUUAUGCAUAUCUCUACUUGCCUAACUUCUGAAAAAGUAAUUCAACUAGUAGUUUUUUUUUUUUUUUUUUUUUUUAACAGAGAAUGUAAACUACAUUCCAGCAGUAAUUUUUACUUUAGUUAUA